AUGUCGACAGAAAAGAAAAACAUCAAACCCAUAGUCUCUCUAAAACUUCUGGUAGACGAGAAGAAAACCCGAGUCCUCGCGGCGGAAGCCGCCAGUGAUUUCGUCAAUGUUUUGCUCAGUUUCCUCACACUUCCACUGGGAACUGUUGUUCGUGUCACGAAAAACCAUCCCGGUUCCAUUGGCUGCAUGAACAACUUGUACCAAAGCAUUGGACAGCUUAGUGCGGACAAUUUCUGCACAGAGGCGUGUAAAUCAAUACUGUUAAGACCAAGAAACCCCCAUGCUCUUGUUUGCAAGAAUCUUAUACUGAAUAUUGAUGAUACAAGCAAUGGGAAAUGUUUUUAUUGUAGUAGUUGUAAAUCUUAUUGGUGUAGGAUGAGUUAUUAUCCUAACACGACGUGUAUUUGUGGAGACAUAGCCAACGAAGAGACGUCUGAAGGGUCUCAACCCUCGGAUCCAGAAUGUUUUGUUAAAAGAAGUACCAUGUGUGUGAUUACAGAUGAUCUGCAGGUGCUACCUGGAAAUCCGAUUUCUCUGGUGCAGGUGCUAUGUAAUUUGGGUUUCAGCGAUGUCGAUCAGGUUGAGGAGUUGUCCGUUGAUGUUGGAUUAGACGAGGUUUCUAAGUUGCUUAAGCAUUCUUUGGUAUCGAAGACUCCUCUGACAGAUGUAUUCUUGGGGAAAAGGAAACUUGCAAAUAUUUCGAUACCUGUGGAUCCAAGAAAUUCACCUUCACCAAGCAGUGAAAAUCGAACAUUGCCGAAUCAAACUGAAUUCCGGGUUAAGUUAAUUUUAAGCAAGUCGCAAAACAAGAUAUUGGGUUUGUUAGCAGGGGAAGAUUUUAUCGAUUUUCUCUUCAGCUUUUGUACAGUUCCGCUUGGAUCAGUGGUAAAGCUUUUGGACUUGAACUCUGGAUUAGGAUGCAUAGAGAACUUGUACAGAACGAUAGAGUGUUUGGACUCGAAGUGGCUUGCUAUUUCCAAGAAUGAAAUAAUAAAUGCUGGAGUUCUGAAACAAUACAAGUGCAAAAAACAUCCAUUGCAAAUUCCUGAUGCUAAAAACAUACCGUACCUUCUCGACCCAAGGAGCCCAACUCGCCCAACAAAUUCCGAUGAUUGCUUUGGUAGAUAUAUGGAGGCACCACGCAUGUAUGUAGUGUCGGACAACUUGAUAGUGACGCCAUUAUCUUCUCCGUCGAGUAUUAUUGGCUUUCUAAAAGAACUAAAUGUACCUCUCAGUGAUAUUGAAGAGAAGGAAGAAACUAUACGCGAGACUGAGGCUCUUGCUUUGUUGAAAGCUUCUUUAACUUCAUCAUCAGCUUUAGAUGAUUGCUUCAAGUCAAGUGGAAAUCAGAAGUUCAACGAAAGUGAUGUGGCUGGGAAAUAG